AUCCAUAACUGUCAGUCUAUUUCACAGCUCUGCUCCAGCUCACUCUGUCAGCAGCGCAAAAAUGAAAUUCGACAACAUACUUUCAGAGAUUAAUGGCUUUGGAAAAUUCCAAAUCACGCUGGUCUUGAUUCAGUUUCUCUCUCGAGUUACUUUGCCAUGUCACUUUCUCUUGAAUAACUUCAUGGCAGCGGUUCCAGAUCACCACUGCAACGUAAGUGCACUGGACGAAGAAGGCGUCUUCAAGAGUCUGACCCCAGAGCAGAAACUGGCUGUGAGCAUUCCAUCGGAGGGGCAUGGGACUCUGAGCUCCUGUCACAUGUAUUCACAGCCCCAAUAUCAAAAUCUAUCAGGAUCUAACAGUGGUAAGGAUGCGUUCACUGUUCCGUGUCAGAAUGGAUGGGUGUAUGACAACAGCACCUUUAAAUCGACUUUGGCGACAGAGUGGGAUCUCGUGUGCAGCAGAAAAGGGAUGAACAAGGCAACGGCCACCAUUUUCUUCAUUGGUGUCAUGGUCGGAGCCCCUUUAUUUGGUUUUCUUAGUGACAGAUUUGGGCGACGUCCACUCCUGCUGGUGUCGUACAUAAUGUCCAUGACGUUUGCAGUGCUCAGUGCUUUCUCCACGUCAUAUGUGAUGUUUGUCAUCAUGAGAUUUUUUACAGGGAUGUCACUUGCAGGAAUAAGUAUCAUCUGCAUCGUUCUCAAUGUGGAAUGGUUCAGCAUGGAACACAGAACAUUCUCUGGUAUAAUUAUAAGUUUGGAUUGGACAAUUGGGAAUUGGAUUCUGGUUGGAAUGGCUUAUUUGAUAAAGGAUUGGAGGAUGCUCCUGUUGGCUGCGACCUCACCCCUGAUAUUGGCCACAAUUGCUUGGAGGUGGCUGCCAGAGUCUGCAAGGUGGCUCCUGGUAAAGGGGAGGGCAGAUGAUGCUCAUUAUUACAUCAUCAAAUGUGCUGAAAUGAACAAAAGAACCAAAUGUUUGGCCACCAUCACACCAACGGCGUUACUGGAAUCUGUGGAAAAUGAAGAUAGGAAGUACAACUUUGUUGAUCUUUUCAGAACUCCAAACAUCAGGAAACUUGCCAUAUGCUCCGGGAUAGUGUGGUAUGGAGUUGCAUUUACAUAUUAUGGGAUAAGCCUAAAUAUCACCGGGUUUGGAUUGAACCCAUAUCUCACACAAUUCCUGUUUGCAUCCAUUGAAAUGCCGAUGAAGGUUGGUGUGUAUUUCUUCCUGAAGAAGAUUGGUCGAAGGCCUGGUCAGAUGUGGACCCUGCUACUGACCGGCCUCUGUCUGUUCAUCAACAUAUUCAUUGCAAAAGAAAAAUGGGUGUCUCGUACUGUUGUCGCCGUGCUGGGAAAAGCCAUGUCCGAGGCCUCAUUCACAAUCGUGUACCUCUACACAACUGAACUCUAUCCUACAGUUGUGCGACAGAACGGCUUAGGCUACACGUCGUUUGUGGCACGGCUGGGUGUCUCCUUAUCCCCACUCAUCAUGCUCUUGGAGGACGUGUGGUAUCUCCUCCCUCAAGUCAUAUAUUGUGCAGUGGCAGUUGGGUCCGGUUUAGUGGUUUCAUUCCUGCCUGAAACAUUAAGCAUCCGACUGCCAGAGUUCAUCGAAGACAUUGAGAAACCCAGGUUAGAAUCAACAAGGAGAAAGGAGAUUCAAUAAAAGACACACUUGUUAAAAAUGGUCUGUUGUUUCACAACUAAAAAGAUGAAGGGGAUUUUAACUCAAUAAACACUUGAACCAGCA